AUGAGUUCUUCAACCGGACAAGAUGCGAAGUUCUUCGCCAGGGGCAAGGUCGCCGAGCUCAAGUUGGAGCUCAAUUCCACUGGCGGCAAGAAGGACAAGAGCUUCAUGACGAAGCGCAUAGCGUUGAAGAAGAUCGUGGCCAACAUGACGAUGAGCAACAACGACAUGAUUGCGCUCUUUCCGGACAUCGUUGGUUGUAUGGGGAUUCAGAACCUGGAGAUCAAGAAGAUGUGUUUCCUAUACUUGGUCAACUAUGCGCGAAUGAAGCCAGAAAUUGCCUUGAAGGCACUCCCUAUACUAAUAGCGGACCUUGAGGACAACAAUCCUCUCAUGCGCGCGCUUGCCCUUCGCACGCUCUCGUACAUUCACGUACGCCAGUUUGUGGAGGCAACUAUCGAUCCCCUGAAGCAUUUACUCAAAGAUCUGGAUCCAUACGUACGGAAAACAGCAGCAUUUACAGUCGCAAAAGUCUACGAUCACGACAAGCAGUUGGUCGAACGAAGCGAUCUUAUUGAUAGACUCAAUUCGAUGCUUCGAGAUGAGAAUCCCACUGUUGUUUCUUCCGCUCUUGCAGCGCUGAUGGAUAUUUGGGAACGGAGCGAGAGCAUCAAGCUCACCAUCGAUUACGCAAAUGCAAGCAAGAUUGUUCAAAUAUUGCCAGACUGCUCUGAGUGGGGCCAAACAUAUAUUCUCGAGGCUCUUACCUCAUACGUUCCUCAAGACACCCAAGAAGCCCAACUCCUGGCCGACAGAAUAGCUCCGCGUCUGUCACACACCAACUCCGCCGUCGUCCUGACCUGCAUCCGCGUCAUGCUAUACCUCAUGAAUUACAUCGAUUCUGAUCGAGCAAUCGCCGGCCUCUGCGCUAAGCUGAGUCCGCCGCUCGUCACUCUUCUCAGCAAAGGACCGGAAAUCCAAUACCUCGCCCUUCGAAACGCCCUCCUCAUCCUCCAGCGUCGGCCGGAAGUCCUCCGGAACGACAUUCGAGUAUUCUUCUGUAAAUACAACGACCCGAUCUAUGUCAAAGUAACCAAGCUGGAGCUCAUCUUCAUGCUGGCCACGGAGAAGAACAUCCGUGAAGUCUUGACAGAGCUGCGAGAAUACGCGACAGAAAUUGAUGUCCACUUCGUCCGCAAGUCAGUCCGUGCGAUUGGCAAGCUAGCCAUCAAGAUCGAGCCGGCAGCAAAACUGUGCAUAUCCACCCUGCUGGAGCUGGUCGCUACAAAGGUCUCCUACAUCGUCCAAGAAGCCACCGUCGUGAUUCGAAAUAUUUUCCGAAAAUACCCCAAUCAAUACGAAAGCAUUAUCUCCACGCUCUGCGAGAAUCUCGAUUCUCUGGACGAACCCGAAGCAAAAGCUGCCAUGAUCUGGGUCAUUGGUCAGUACGCCGAUCGAAUAGACAACUCGGAGGUCCUUUUGGAGGACUUCCUCGACAGCUGGGUCGAUGAACCUCACGAAGUGCAACUCGCACUCCUCACAGCCACCGUCAAACUCUUCAUCCAGCGACCUACGAAAGGCCAGGACCUCGUGCCAAAAGUGCUCAAAUGGGCCACAGAAGACACAGACAAUCCAGAUCUCCGCGAUCGAGGAUACAUGUACUGGCGCCUCCUCAGUAGUAACCCCACGGCAGCGAAGAGCAUUGUCAUGGGUGAAAAGCCCCCAAUUACCGCAGAAAGCGAGAAGCUGGAUCCUGUCACAUUGGAAGAGAUGUGUCUUGUGGUCGGCACUCUGGCAACGGUAUACCUCAAGCCAGUCCAUACUGUCUUCAGAUCCGCUCGUCCGCGCCGAUUACAAGACAGUCCCGCGCUCCAACGCGAGAAGCUGCCCAGCUGGCAGACCACUACGAAGCUCGUUGCGCCCGACGCGCAGGCCGCAACAGGCGUGGUGCAGAACGGGAAUGAUGUGCUCGAUGAGGCGGAUGCGUACUUCUCCAGCAUCAACAACCAGACUGUGGGUAGUGAUGUGUUUGCACAUAGUCCUAUUGGAGGAGCCAUGGGCAACGCGGGACAAAUGUAUGUGGUCAACCAGGGUCAAGGGCUGGGGACUAUGAAUACGACGCAGCAUGCUCAGAACGGGGAGGAAGAUUUAUUGAGCUUCUGA